AUGGGUGGCGCAGGGGAAAAAAAGCAAAGAAUUGUAAUCUGGGGGCCCACUGUAAGCUGGAGUGUUGGAUCCUCACCCCAGUCCCCCACCGAUAGUGUGGGACGCGCUAGGAUGGUAGCGCAGCUCGUGGCAUCCAUGCCGCACGCGCAACGGAGAAGGAUGUUAGCCUAUUACUCCUUUGACGACCGUCUCUAUACGAAACGUACAAUAGCCGGUGUGGGGAAGUCUUGUAGAGGGUACAGUAGAGUAUGUAGACUAAUCUAA